AUGAGUUCAGAGGGAGACCAAGACACUCAUUCACCCGGACUGGAGGCUGUGAUUCAGAGGUUGGAGGAGUCUCUGCUCCAUCCUGAGGGCAGCACAGGAGAGAGAAGCCUGACACUACAAGGUGAUGGACAAGACCUCAGUGCCACACCUACACCUGUCUCCACCCGCAUCCGCCAGAUCAUCACCCGCAACCUGGCAGAGCAGCCCACUGGUGAGAGAUCUGAGGUCAGUGUACUGGAGGAGAACAAGGCCCUAAGGGAGCAGCUGUCUCAGAGCCAGAUGGACCGUGACCAGCUGCUGGCCAAACAGGCCAUUCUCACAGACAGGGUAGGACUGGACCAGAUGCUAAUGUUGCAGUCAGCAGGGGACUCAGACCAGGACAGUGCAUCGGGAGGCCACCUGCAACUGCAGAGCGUGGAGCGAGCCUACAGACGGAAACUGCAGGCCUAUCAGGAGGGCCAGCAGCGCCAAGCCCAGCUCGUUCAGAAGCUGCAGACCAAGGUUCUUCAGUACAAGAAGAGGUGCGGUGAACUAGAAGAACAGGUGCUGGAGAAGACCUCAGAGUCUGAGAAGCUAAGAUUAACGCUGCAGGCCCAUGUGGACUCAGCCCAACAUCAUCAACGGGUAGAACAGGACCUCAACAUGACUAUCCAGAACAAGGCUGCACAGCUGGAGGAGGAGCAGAAGAGGUGUGCCUGCCUCAGCCAAGUCAACUCUAUGCUCCGGGAGCAACUGGAACAGGCUGGCACUGUCAACCAGGGGCUGACAGAGAGCUUGUGGAAGGCCCGCGAAGACGUAGAGUUGACUGACACCCGUCUACGUAGAGAGCAAGAGACAUGUGCCUCCCGGCUGGGUCGCGAACAGGCCCGUGUCAGAGCACUGUGGCGCCAGGCCGCCUCCCUGCGGAGCACCUUCACCCAGCUAAGGACUUUUACUGACAGGACUCUCUCUGAUAUGCGUGGGGAAUGUGUUGCUGCCAGCCACCAGAUGCAUGUUGCCUGUAUGAACCUAGAGGCCAGGGUAACACAGGAGAGCAGCUCUAGUGGUGUGGAGAUGUCAGCACUGGAGAGGCAGCUAAAGGACAAGCUUAGGGAGGCCAUGCAGCUCCAGGGUCGCUGGGAUGCAGAGAAAGUUGAGCUCAACUCCAGGAUCCUGGAGCUGACAGACAUGGUGAAGCACCUCCGGAGCCAGAGCAGUGAGAAGGAUGCAAGCCUCAACAUCAUGCAGAUCAGUCUGGACAGGAUGGAGACGAGGAGAACAGAGGAUAAAGCAGAGAUGGAUGCCCUCAACACAGAGAUCCAAGCUCUCCAACAAGUGCUAUGCCAUGUUCACCAGUUGGUUGGUGGUGAGUGUGAUAGCAGUGGCUCUGAAAGUGUUCCCUCCACCUCACCAUGCCAUGGCCGGUCUCCCCUGAGGAACUCUACCCUGAUGGCUGUAGAGAGUGCUCUCUCCAAGCACCAGAAACAAGCACAGGACCUGCGUGGUCGUCUGGACGCGGCCCUGGAGCAAGUGGACACACUGCGUAAUCACCUGCAGGAGAGGGAUACUGAGAGGAGGGAGCUGGAGCAGAAGAUCCAAGAAGUGAGGAGGGAAGGACAGGAGGCUAAAAAAGCCUUAGAGGAGAGCCACAGAGACAGCAACAGAUAUCGCUCCUCACUGGAGCUCAUCUCCAGUGAGAAGGGCAGCCUGGAGAAGCUGCUGUCGGGACUGCAGCAGGAGGUCGACUCCCAGCGUGCGGAGCUGGAGGUACUAAGGAGCUCGUCACUGGAACUCCAGAGACAGCGGGACCUCCUGAGGCAGCAGAGGGAGGAUCUGGAGAGGCAGCUGGCACGCCAGCGCACAGAGGCCCAAAGAGGUGAAAGAAGUCUGGAACAACUUGAAAGGAAACACUCUGACCUGCGCAGGGAACUUGUGACAAUGAAGGAGGCUCUAAGUCAAAUCACCCUGCAGAAGGAGGUGUUGCAGGAUGAAAAGGCCAGCCUUGCUCUGGCUCUUAACAAGAUGGAGUCCCAAAGUGCUCAGCAGGAGUUAUCCCUCACCAAAUUGCAAAAUCAGGAGGCUGCCUUAAAGGACUCUCUAGCCAAAAUGGCUGCGCUGAGCGAAGGCUUAGCCAAUGACAAAGUGGAACUCAAUCGUAUUCUGCUGCAGACAGAGGGUGAAAAGGCAGAGCUUGGUGAACGUAGACGGGAGGCUGAGGCUGAGCGGGCAGCAGCCCGGGAGGAGACAGCACGGGUGCAGCAGGAGAUGAUGGAUCUGAUUGCUGACAAACAAGCCCUGGAGAGCUCUCAUAGCCAUCUCCAGGAGGUCCGCCAGAGGCUGGAGGCAGAACUCAGCCUCCUGCAGAAGGAGAAUUCUCAGGCACUGGAGCAGCACUCCCAGGUCAUCAGGCAAAUGCAGGCUGUGUCAGAGGAGCUGUGUGCGAACAGGAAGGAGCUUGACAUGCAGGCCACGGCCCUAAAGAGAGCUACCCAUGACAGGGAGGAGCUGGCCAAGGACAAGGCUGCUCUGGAUGUCCGGCUGACCUCUGUUGAACGCAAAGCUUGUGGACUCACGCAGGAGCUGGCUGCUCUAAGAACGGAAAAGGAGUCCCUGGAGACGGCUCUGUUUGAGAGCCAGGAGCUUGCCUUGUCUCUGGAGGCAGAGUGCACCAAGUUGGAGGGGGAGAGGCGCAGCAUGCUUCUGGCUAACGAGGCCUUGACGCGUGAUGUUACUCGGAUGCGGGUGGAUGCUGAGUGGCAGACAGCACAAGCAGCGCAAGAGCGGAGUAACUUGGAGGAGAAGCUGGCCCAAGUGGAGAGGAACAACCUGCUGACCCUGAACAACAGAGAGCAAAUCCACAUAGAGCAGCUAGAAGCUGAGCACAGACAUAAGGAGCAGCAGUAUGCAGAGCUGAUGGUUCAGCGGGAGCAGGCUGAGGAGCAGCUGCGGAGGCAGUGUGAGGAGCAGCGUGUGCACAGCCAGACGGAGCUGCAGCAGGUGCAAGAGGAGCUGGCCCGGCUGCAGCAGGACUGUAACCAAAGCCUCCUGCAGGCUGAGAGCGAGAAGCAGCAGGCAUUGUCCCAGAAAGAAGCAGAGAAGGCUGCCUUAACAGAGAGGCUGGCAGCUCUGCAGCAGGACUUGGCCACAGCAGGCAUGGAGAUGGAGCGCCUGCGGAGGGAAGCCCUUAUGAGACAGGAGCAGGACAAGAAUGCAAUGGCUGCCCUGCAGUCUGAGCUGCAGGAGCUGCACUCUCACUUCGAAGACUCUUUGAGCUCCCACGAGAGUGCCAAGAAGAGUCUCACUGAGCAAGUCAGCGAGCUAAACCAACAGAGAGAGCAUGCACGGCAGGAGAUGGAGGGUUUGCGUCGACAGCUGCAGGAGGCAGAGGAUGGUCGUGAUGUGGGGAGAAGGGAGUUGAUUGAGGCCCACAGGGAGCUCCAGGAGUGUGCCCAGGAGAGGGACAAACAACGCAAAGAGGUCCUGGACCUGAGAAGGCAGUUGGGGGACGAGUCCAGAGAUAAAGAGGCCAUCCAGGCAUCUAACCAGGAGCUUAGGGCUGCCAUCAAAAAAGCAGAAAGUGACAACAACAGUUUGAGACGUACUGUGGAGGAGAUGGAAAAGAAAAUGGGAGUCUUAGAGGAAUGUAGGAACUCAGUGCACCAAGAGGCAGCUACUCUGCGAAGCAAUAUGAGAGAACUGGAGAAGUGUCGCCUGCAGGCACGCAGAGAGCUGCAGGAGCUGCGUAGACAGGUAAAAGUUCUUGAAGGGGAGAACAGGCAGCAGAGUCAGGAUCUGCGGGAGCUGCAGGCACGGGUGUGUCAAGAGGAGCAGAAGGAGGAGGAGGCACGUCAUGAGACUUUCACUCUGAAGCAGAGAGUGCUGGAGUGUGAGGCUGGCAGAGAAGCAGCCUUGAAUGAGGCUGCGGGGUUACAGCGUCGUGUUGUGGAGCUUGAGGAGGCAGAAUGUCAGAACAAAGAGUUGCUGCAGGAAAGAGAGGCUUGUCUGCAGCAGAGCGACCAGAGGCUCAGAGAAGCCACUGUUCAGCUGGAGGGAGCACUAGAGGAUGCUAGGUGUCAGGUCAGGGAACUCACCCUACGGGCCAGCCUUGCAGAGGGCAAGACACAGGCCCUGGAGGAGCAGCUGGGCCUGGGUGAUGCCAUACGUCAGGACCUGGAGCUCAAGCUGGUGGGGUUGCAUUCCACUUUGCGCUGCACGCUGGGCAUUGGCCGUACAGGGCUCUCACGCACCCCUGGGUCCCAUAGACGGUCUCCCUCUCCCUGGAGAAAUCACCUGCAAGUUAGGGAUGAAGAGCUGGAUGUGGACACAGUGCAGACAGCCCUCCGGGAAUUCCACCAGGAAUUCAGGGACACCCAAAGGGAAAGGGAUGAAGCCAAGGCCCAGAUAGCCAGUCUAAGUCGUCAGGUGACAGAGUUUCAAGGGAGCCAGGACAAGUCGUCCAUCCAGCUGCUGCAACUACAGAAGGCCUUGAAGGAAUUAAAGCAGGGGAAACGAGAGAUGGAAGAUCAACUGCAAAGGGCACAGACCUCCCUCUCCCUGCAGGAGGAAGUAGCAAGGCGCAGAGACAAGGACAAGAGAAGCCUUGCAGAGGAGGUUGCCAAGUUGAGGACCAGUCUGCACGCUGCUGAGGCUGAAUCCAGGGCACUGCAAGAGAAGCUGGAGCAUUCGCAGGGCUUAGAAUCUCGUGCAGAUGCAGAACAGCGGAAGUUGAAGGAGUCCCUGGAGACAGCGGAGAACAGGGUUAGCCAUUUGGAGCUCACCCAGCGCACCCUCGAAGGUGAGCUGCAGCGGGCCCGACUCAGGGCAGCAGAAUUGGAUGCUGAGGCGGGAGCAUUGCAGGAGAGGCUGACGGAGCUGAGGAGGGAGUUGGGUGAUAGAGAGGACCAGUAUGCUGCCUUGAAGGUCAGUGAGGAAAGGCUGGCCGCCUCACUAGCCCGAGCUGAGCAGCAUGAAAGCCAGCUGAGAGAGCAGCUCAACAAACUGUCAACCUCUCUCAGUGACAGCAGGGCCAGUACGAGCUCCAUGCAGGAGCAGAUAGCACAGCUCCAGAGGGCUCUGACUGUCAGUAAACAGGACCGAAGGCUACUGCAGGAACAUCUGGAUAAAACACGAGAUGCCCUUUCAGAGAGCAAAAGGCUGAACCACACAUUAACAGAGCGGGCCCAGAACCUUCAGAGGGCCCAAGAGGAUUCAGAGCUGAGAAAUUCUGAGCUGGAGAAAAAUAACAGGACCCUAAAGGAGACCCUGAAACAAAGGCAGGAGGCUGAGCUCCAAGCCCAGGGGAGCUCCCAGCAGCUACACAGGGAGAAGGAGGACCUCCGAGAUAAGGUCACCAGUCUCCAGAGCUCUCUGCAAAGCCUGCAGAGUGAGAGGACUGAGCUGGAGAGGGUGCUGACACGUCUGGGUAAAGACAAGGCUUCACUCAGAAAAACACUGGAGAAGGUAGAGCUGGAGAGGCUGAGGAAAGAGGAGGAGGCAGUGUUGGCAACCCAAGCGAAGGAGCAGUUGGGAGAAACAGUCCACGCCCUGGAGAAGGAACUGGCUGAAAAGCAGGUUGAGGUGCAGACCCUGCAGGCCCAAAUCUUCCAACUGGAGCACAGUCAUGCACAGCGCCUCCUGGAGGUGACAGCCCGAUAUCGCCAGGAGAUGGAUAUGGAGACGGAUCGUCUAAGGGGUGCUCAGUUCCAAGCAGAGCAGGCCCUGGAAACCCGGGAAAAGGCCCAUUGCCAGAGGGUCAAAUGCCUUGAGGAGCAGGUGCUGACUCUGAAGGAGCAGCUGGAUCAGGAGACGAUAAGGCGGCAGGCCUAUGUCAAUCAGAUGCUGCGACCUGGUGUGUAAGCAGCAAACCUUCAGAUCUAAAC